GCCUCUGUCUCCUCCUCUCUCUAUAAGUGCCCGGCUCCAUCCUUUCCCAUUCACACGCUGCUCCGGCACGAGAGAGGAGGUACGCAGGGAAGACCGCGGCCAGGGAAGCGGCGGGACACAGAUAUUGGACGUUUGUCUCUAGACCGCUCCAUCCCUCCCUGUCUCCACCCCCAUCCCCUUCCACCUUCUCCCCUUCUCUCUCUCCUCCCUUUUCCUCUGUGCCUUUUACGCUCCCUCUCUCCCCGCACCCCCCCGCUCUCUCUCCCUUGGUCGACCGACAGCUGCGUCCGUGCGACAUGGGUUGUGGAAAUUCCUCAGCCACCAGCACCUCGGGGGGAGGUCCCGCUGACGUUUCGAAGGACGUGACAGAUGAACUCUCCCCAGACGACGAGAAACGAAGGAAUUACGGCGGGGUAUAUGUGGGCCUGCCAGCCGACUUGAGCACCGUCACUGCGGGCCAGUCCAAGUCCACGAGCAAAGAUUAACGGAGGGACGGUGAAGCGGACACAUUUACAAGUGUUCCUGGACAGAACCUGUUUCCUGCAGGCGUUCUCGAGCACCGCCCAUGGUGCGGAGCAGUGGUCUUGGCUAGAAUUAACGAGUCAGCGGUUCGGACCCUUUCACCGGAUCCCCAAAGCGAAAACGGACGGCUUUCGACGGCAAUCGGGCCCUGCGCUGAAACAAAGGACACCCGGCAACUGCAGCGGCACGUCACCUUAACCUGCACCUCGAUCUCUGGACCGUUACCGCUCGACCGAGGUGAAGCCACGACGUUAGCGGGUGGUCAUGCGAUGCAUCAUGGGAGUCAGCCCGUUACCUCCGCCGUGCCCUGGCACUUACCACUCAGGAGCAAAAAACCGCUUUGCGCUCAAAGCCAUCUGAGGAAAUUGCGAUCUUUAAUUUCCAUUUUAGCGUCCUUUUCGUUCCAAACGUACGUGGCAAAUUUUCUCCUGCUAUGUCAGUUCCGAGCCCUACGGGUCAAUUUUGCGGAGCAGAACUGACCGCAAAGUGCCCCUAGGAGUCGAGCGAAAAUGGAAGCCUGCCACUGACCUAUUUAACCCCAGGAUGGGUACGAUAUAGAGGAUGAGUGCAGACCGGCUAAUUAUUAAGAAGGAUUAGAAAAAAAAAUCAGUGCAGUUUUUUCUUUGGGUCUCAACUGUUUAGCUGGGUCAUCGGCAAACCGCACCACCCUCCAGCAUCACGGCAGAGUCAGAGUAGGUGGGGAGGCUUCGGGAAAAACCAAAAACAGGUUGAGGCUGCCCACAGGUCACACUCUUUUUACAAAGUCCUCAGAUAUGUAAGAAAACAACAAUAAUCUGUUAUCUUUUACUGAGCGUCUUCAUGCAAACAAAAGUGUUCCACCUGAUUUUUAAGCAGCGAUAGCGGGUGGGACACACUUUGUGCUCACGUCUAGCCAAAGGCUCUGAAUCUGAUGCUUGAGGGUUUGAGGGACAGGUUUCUGUAACACUUUAUAGAAGAAUAAUUUGUGUGACUGAUGCUGAACCCGUGUGUCGCGGUAAUAACCGAAUACGCUAAUGUCUGUUCAGAGGUAGUGUCUUAUCUUUACUACGGUCCACUAUUGAUGUGUGUUUUUGCAAUAUGUUUGAACUUAUCACCCUCCAGUUGGUAUUUGCUUGUGAUUUCAGAUGCCUUAUUUUGAUAUUUGUGAGAUGAGCAGUAGAAAAUAAUAAUAUAUGUAGAAACGAAAGUUCACGUUUUAAAUUUUGUAAAAAGGAAAAAAACUAAGUCUCAGCCCUCAUUUGGUGCUCAUGUUAUUUUCUGAGAAAGAAGGUCAUAUUUUCGAUGGACCCUGCAGAAGAUGCAGCAGCCAUCCCACCAAAACCUUUCCGGCAAUUUCCGAGAUGUCGGUUGUUUCUGGUAGAACCUUUGGAAUGUGUAAAUUUGUUUAGUUUUACGAACGUCACGUUAUCUCAGAGCCUUGACGAAAUUAAAA